GCGUGUGUUUUUUUUUUUUUUUUUUGAGGGGGUGGGGUUGGCGGGGAUGGCCGUAGAAGCGAAGCAAUCUGAGUGAUUGCGUCUCCCACCCGAACGUUCAUAUCUCAAUCAAUCCAAUCGAAAGCCAGGGUGAAGAAAGAAAGCAGAGGAAGAAGCAGGGGAAGAAGAAGCAGAGGAAGAAGAAGCGGAAGAGGCAGAGAUGGGAGUGCUGUCCAACAAGAUCGGGAGGGAUCAACUCAAGCCUGGGGAUCACAUCUACUCUUGGCGUCUCUCUUACCUCUACGCCCACCACGGAAUAUACAUUGGCGAAGGGCAGGUUCUUCACUUCACUAGAGGGGGACACGAAAUCGGCACGGGGACUGUGUUGGACCGCAUCAUUUUGAGCUCAUCUCCCUCUCCUCCCGUUGGCACACAAUGCCAGAUAUGCGGAGAUCAGUCGAGGCUUGAUGGUGUCAUCUCUUCGUGCAUCGACUGCUUCCUUUCAGGUGGAAACCUCUACCUCUUUGAGUACAGCGUGUCCCCUGUUUUCUAUCUUGCUAAAGCUCGAGGAGGGACUUGCACCCUUGCGAAAUCUGACCCCCCUGAAGAUGUGCUUCACCGUGCCUCUUACCUCCUCCAGAAUGGCUUCGGAGGCUACAAUCUUUUCAAGAACAACUGUGAGGACUUUGCUGUCUACUGUAAAACGGGUCUACUUGUGGUGACGGCAAUUAGCGUAGGCCGAAGUGGGCAAGCAGCGGCUUUUCUGGCUGCUACAAGUGCUGUCAUGUCCUCUCCACUUAGAUUCUUGACGACAAGUGUUAGUGGUCUGGCAGCUGUGAGUUAUGGCAUGUAUUGCAUCAGUCGUUUGGUCUCUGACCUUGGGGUUCGCCGCGAUGUGGUUAGAGUACCCGUCGAAAGACUUGUUAAUCAAUCUGAUUUGUGUGAUCCCCAAGCUGCUGUGGAUAGUCCCACUCCCGGUUGUGUUGUCGCUGCCAAAAAUGACUAAAGACUGCAUGCUGCAAUUUGCCGGCAGUCUCCACCAGAACUUUGCCGGCAGUGGAGAUGAAAACACUGUAAAAUGUACGUUUUAGUUCUUUGUUGGAUGUUACUUCUGCAAACUAUACCCGGUCGAAAAUUUAAAUACUCCUCAAACUUCAGCUUUGUUGGAUUUGGCAUCAGAGGUCCUUGAAAUUUUGGGUGUCGUCUUGUUUCUUGUUGUGCAAACGAACUGAUCAGAUUUGCUUUCACCAGGAUAUUUCCUGUUGAUCGCCACAAUCUCUGUAUAGAACUACAGUUGCAAGAGAGAGUGGUUCUACUGUUCUCUCCAAUUUUGA